AUGCCGCGCAUCUCUGGGUACCUCGCACGUGGUAGACAGUCCGGGGACGACCGGGUGCCGCCCGUCGCAGCGCCUCAUUCCCAUUGUUCCGGCCAUAGCUGGUUGCGCGACCUGUUGACGGCGACUGCGACUUUCUGGCAAGACAUUACAUUGCCCAUUGAAUUGCUCGCAGGCGUUGGCGUGGAGCGUCGAGGCGAGGCCAGCAGCUCGAGUGAAACGGACCAGGACCUUGCCAACUGGUCCCUGUCGGGCGGCGACUUGUUGAGGACGUACGACGUACCGAGGUACCUCCCGGACCCAGGCAAGUACCAGACUUGGGCGCACAACGUACGGCGGCACAUUGAACGGAUAUCCUCGCUGCCAGACAGACUCCCAAGUCCCAACAUUGGCGCAGCAUUGAACGAGUGCCGGGGAUUGCGACCGUCUUGCGAGGCCUUGGGCGUCCCCAAUUGCGUGACGCGCAUCUGCUCACCGCGAGCUGCACAGGGCUGCGCCUUGACGUUGAACUUCCAGCCCCCCGUUUUUGGAGUUUGGACGUUGCAUACCUCUGCGCUGUGCGUCGCUGUGCCCUGCUCCUCGCGCUCAUCUUGCCCAAUCUUCGAUCCCCAAUUCCGUCAACCCAAGGACCCAGGCGAAUCUAACGUCCAACGGCCAACGUCUCGCUGCCGCCGCGACUUGGUGCCACCCGAGUCUCUCUUCCACGACCCUCACGAGACCCGCGACCACGAGCCUACAUCAUACCCUAAGCAACGCCAGCAGCACUCGACUUUGGUGCCCACCCAGCAGACAUUCCAUCAUCAGGACCCAGAUCCCGUCUCGAGACUCUCCACGCCAGCUUCCUCGGUCCAACGAUCUCUUCGCCGGACCCCCAGGUUUGAGUCCGCUCCCUCGCCGAGUCCGGCCAGUACAGAGCCGCGUCAAGUCCAUAUUGCCGCAGCCUCAACUGGCUUUUCUCCGAGUCGCGUCCCCUUUGCCAGGACGCGGCCAGACUCAUCUGUCACUGGCCUCAGCUCUUCUCUGUUCGAGGACCGAGCCCGUCUGCACCGGAACAAUUCCCAAGAUCUAAAAGAGAUCCUUGACAAGGACAUUUCCUCGGAUCGACCUCACUCUCAGCACCACUCCGGGUCUCACUCUCCCCCCGGCCGGGAUCGGCGCGAGCCGCACCCCGUUGUCAGAGUUUCUAGGAACACCCAUAGUGCUAUUCUUUUUGCUCUUGAAGAGGCUCUUCGGUACCCAAACCCCUUUACGCCCGACGUCGUCGAGGAAUCCGCUGAUAUGGCGGACCUGGUGGCUGCCACCAGCGGACUUCCUGCUACAUCCAGUGGCAAUGGUGCGGCAUCUACCCGCCGUCCCACGGCUGGGCCUGCGCCGACCAGUUCGCCGUCUGGAAUUCGAGGGCCGAGGAUGAUUAUGCAAGAACGGGCUGCCAGAGAAGCGAGACAGAGGGCAGAAGCUGAACAGCUGGCUCUAGAACGAAGCAGAGCCGAACAGGAAGCACGUUUGCUGGAUGAAACACGACGAAGGAAUGCCGAACGUCCAUCUGCUGGCGUUGCUGCCGGGCAACUCAGCGGCACAGAGCCGCAACACCUGCAGCAGCAGCAACACUCACCACCCCGUGGUCGUGGCCAAGCUGCCCAAGAAGCCACACAUGCUCCUAGAGUCCCAGCCGCAGUACCUACGGCUAAAACAUCAGCAGAGCAGCAAAUACCUGCACAAUUUGCACCCAACACCACCCAGCAACCUACCAGAUCACCUACAUAUGUCACAUCUAGUGGCCGGCCGCGGCCCCAACAGCAGACCAUUGCCCCGGCGGAACCCACGACUCAACCCACGGAGCCUGCGAAGCCUAGGAAUUCGUUCCCCCAUGCCUUUGAGCGGUGGGAAACGCUAUCUGCUCAUUGGGAGGGCCUGACAAGCUACUGGAUUAGGAAACUAGAGCAGAACAAGGACGACAUCAACCGCGACCCCUUAAGCCAACAACUCGCGCGGCAAGUUACUGACUUGUCAGCCGCUGGUGCCAACUUGUUUCAUGCGGUGGUCGAACUACAACGGCUACGCGCCAGCUCAGAGAGAAAGUUCCAGCGUUGGUUCUUUGAGACCAGAGCCGAGCUGGAACGAGCGCAGGAGGUCAAUGGCAUGCUCGAAAAGGCGCUGGAAAGAGAACGACGAGACCGCGCGAAUGCCAUUCGAGAUGCCAUCGUCCAUGAACGAGACACGUCCAAGGCCGAGAAACAGCUUGCUGAGAUGCGAAAGGAGCUGCAGAUUUCCAAGGAAGAAGCGCGCAGAGCUUGGGAGGAACUCGGACGGAGAGAGCAAGAGGAGCGAGACAGAACUUUAUCAUUACAGUCGGGCCACCCUACCGUUGUUGGCGGCGUACAAGUUGUUCCUAUGACGCAUGGCGGCGUCAGCCGGCAGGGCACCACCAGGAGGGAGCCAGAGGCGUAUCAAGCCGAGUACCCGCAAAGCUACGGCCCCGAGCACUCACAGGCGCCUUCGGCAACAUCACCGACGACUGCGGGCCCCAGCGGCACCUAUUACAGACCCCACGAGCAGGGGCAGUCGCACGCCCGAGGCAGAUCCGGCGGCUCAGAGGGCGCAUUCAGCGAAGGUGAGUACAUUAUUGACGCUGCAGGCAACUUUGUUCUCGACUCUCGAGGGCAGAAAAUCCCCUUUGUUGCCGCACCGCCCUCUGGAGCUUCGGUUUCUGAUCCGGAGGCAGACGAUUACGAUACGCCAGCAACAACGAACCCGCCCAGUGGUGCCCACGAGCCUGCAUCAGCGCCCGAGGGCGAGGGUACUUGGACCGGUGCUUAUUCGGAUCCCCAGGACUACUCUGGGCAGGGAUAUGGUGCACCUGGCUGGGAGACUGUUCCGCGGCAUCACCAUCCUACACGGCUGAGCGACGUGAUUGAGGAGGAGGAUGAGCGCAGUCGCACGAGCGCGAGUCAAAGCCGGGGCCACUGA